AUUGGGGCGAUGAGUUUACCCCAGUUGACGGGGCGUGGCGUGCGCGCUGACUGGCCGUCCACUUUCUGACCGCAGCACUCUUGCAUGACCACUCAAAGUGACAGUAGCGAUGGCUGGGAACCCGAGACAGCUGCGCUUGGUGAGACCCCGUCUCCACACUCGGUUUGCCAUGAAAAACUAGGCUUUCUACGAGAGUUUGACCUCGGGUCUAUGGGUGAAGAACUUUUGUGAGUGAAUAAGUUGGCCGGCCACUUUCAAAAGAGUUUGGUAAGCUGGCAGUGCUGCCAGGAUUUGGGAACGGGGGGAGCGGGGAGGGCUCCUGCUACCUUUGGGAGGUCUGUAUGCUUUCAACGCACUCAAACUGUGGCACCAGUGGCCGCUGGAUAUUGCUUUCUUUAGAUAAGUUUGCCUACUUCAGUCAAGGGUCAUAGACUUGAUAUAGAAUCUUAGUCGAUGGAUUUGCCGCCCUCAAUACAACAUCAUAUUAACUGUACUUUCUCUCUAGGCUAGAAAUCGUGAAGCAUGGGUGACUGGAGCUUUCUUGGACGGCUCUUGGAGAAUGCACAGGAACACUCGACCGUGAUCGGCAAAGUCUGGCUGACAGUACUCUUCAUUUUUAGGAUUCUGGUGUUGGGAGCAGCAGCUGAGGAGGUCUGGGGCGAUGAGCAGUCGGACUUCACUUGCAACACACAGCAACCCGGUUGCGAGAAUGUCUGCUACGACGAAGCCUUCCCCAUCUCCCACAUCCGCUUCUGGGUGCUCCAAAUCAUCUUUGUGUCCACACCGACGCUCAUCUACCUGGGCCAUGUCCUGCACAUCGUUCGUAUGGAAGAGAAGCGGAAAGAGCGAGAGGAGGAGCUGCGAAAAGCCAGUCGGCUCCGGGAUGAGAAAGAACUCCUGUAUAGAAACGGAGGGGGAGGGGAGUCUGGUGGACGUGGUGGGGGCGGCGGUGGCAAAAAGGAGAAGCCGCCAAUCAGAGACGAGCAUGGCAAAAUCCGCAUUAGAGGUGCCUUGUUGCGCACUUACGUGUUCAACAUCAUUUUCAAGACCUUGUUUGAAGUGGGGUUCAUUUUAGGUCAGUAUUUCCUCUAUGGUUUCCAGUUGCGGCCUCUGUAUAAGUGUGCGCGGUGGCCCUGCCCCAAUAUAGUGGACUGCUUUAUUUCCCGGCCCACGGAAAAGACCAUCUUCAUCAUAUUUAUGCUUGUGGUGGCUUGCGUGUCCCUUUUGCUAAAUUUGUUAGAAAUCUAUCACCUCGGAAGGAAGAAGGUCAAACAGGGAAUGACAAACGAGUUUCCCCCCGACCGCGAGUCGCUGCCCAACGCAGAUGAAGCUGAGCCUGUGUCUUCUAGAACUGUGCCUGCCACCCUCAGCUAUCCGCCAGACUACACGGAGGUGGCAGUGGGUGGCGGAGCGUUCCUCCAGCCUGUGUCAGUGCCCUCUACGGCUGAGUUCAAGAUGGACCCUAUGCGUGAGGAGUCCUCGCAGUUCUACAUCAGCAACAACAACCACAGGCUAGCUGCUGAGCAGAACUGGGCCAACCUGGCCACCGAGCAGCAGACUCGGGAGAUGAACGCCACCUCCCCUUCCUCCUCUGAUAACGGGCGGCAAGCCAAAGACACCGCUCAGCACGCCAGCACCCCCAAAUGCCCUGGCGUUGGUUUGAGCACUGGGCCGGAGGAGGGUCACGUCACCACCACGGUGGAGAUGCACGAGCCGCCCGUUAUAUUCACUGAUGCUCGACGACUGAGCAGGGCUAGUAAAGCCAGCAGCACAAGAGCAAGGCCCAAUGAUUUGGCGGUGUAGUGGCUCUCCACUGAAAAGCAUAGGUUUUUGUCAACAAAACAUAAUACACCAAAAAACAAGAGGAAGUGAGAGGCAUAUUGUUGGAAUGAAAAAAUUCAUUCCAUUCAUUAUUAAUUCCAUUUUCCAAGUCAUUUUUUAUGGACUUCUGAAUGCUGGUUAGUGUUAUGCAGUAGUUGAAUGAAGCAGCACAUCUGAUGCAGGCUGUUACACCAGAAUCUCAAUGAUUCACUGAAAAAAAAUGCCACUUAAAUUAGUCUUAUGAAUUUCCAUUCAGUCAGUUCGAUUUAUUAAGUAUAUUGAUUUAGAAACCAAAUAUAAAAUGUUUGCAGUACAAUAAUACAGAUUACGAAUAAGCAACAACAACAACAACAAAAAAACAUUUAAAAUACAACAUAAAUACACUCUGUGGUUUAAUUGAGUAGAUAAUGAAAUACUUUCAUGUAUUAUUUUUUAUUUAUUUUUGAAGACUUGAAUAGCAUUUGAGAGAAAUGGAGGGGAAAAAGUAGUUGAAAUAAAUAAGGAAAGUAGUUGUCAAAUUCAUGAACACCCCUCUUUUUAUUGUUCCAGCAUCUGUCUUUACAUUUCCUCACGCUAAAGAAAAAUCAGAAGGUUAAGAAGAAAAAAGAAAAAAGCACAUUGCC